AUGGAUUUGAAAACGACACCGCGGGCAACAUCCCAGAUACCCAGAUUGGAAGGAAAUCAGAACAGUGUGGGGAAAGGAAAUUGGAAUCAAAUGUGGCCCGCGGAGCCUAGAAAAAAUGAAUCCAAAGAGGAAGUGACGGGAAAACGAGUGGAGACUACGAUCAGUCGACAGUUCCUUCCCAAAAAAAAGCAAGGAGUGAGUGAGGCUUGGUCCAAGCAGACCCUCGAGAACCGUGAAGAUUUAAAACAACCUUUCCCAUACACACCGUUUAAAUCAGGCACAUUAAAAAAAGCGACGUCAAUAAAUACGUUACGUGGUUCAGCGUUUAAUUCACACUUCAACCAGGAUGUAUCGCAAAUCUAUGGUACCCAACAACAGUCAUGUAAAUUACGAACAGUUCCGAAUGUACAAGAAACGAUGCGAGCACAUUACGAUGCAAAUAAUAUUUACAGUAACUUCAUGAUAUCAGCAUUAGCUAAGAGUAAACGUGAACUUUGCAUUUAUAAAGGCUUAUUUGUGGUAGGGAAUCAAUGCACAAGUGGCAUUUUGCAUCAAGAAUCGAAGGGAAUGUGGAAAGGUGCACCAAGUGGAAUGACCGCUCCUCCGUCAGGUCCUUACCGUCCUGCUAGUGUAAUAAAUGCACCUCUGCUUGCUCGACCCUCCUCAAGAGCAAAUAGUGAUUUAGGAAUCGGUGCGGUGCUCCUUCACAAAUUAUACGAUAAUGAAUGA